AUGACGGAGCCGAGGUCCUUGAAGAUACAAGCUCCCCUAUCCCUGGGCUCCUUGCAGCGAUCGCUCGCUCGAGCUCUCCCCCCAGAACGCGCCAGUUUCACCAUCAGCGUCGCCGAUCGCUCAUCGCUCUUCGCGUCCAGUCUACGCAUUCGUUGGAUCUUCUCUCCUUGGCUCAGGCAACUCAGUUUCGCCGCCAAGAAGAGCGAGCGACUCAGCAGAAUCAUUGGCCAGGCCUUCUUCUGCUUGCAGACACGGCCGCAGCCGGUGGCCCCGUACGUUAACGGAGGAGUAGUGCUGAGCUACCACGCGCCUGGAGCCCCCGAGGACGUUCGCGAGCGCCUUACGCGCCUGUUGCGUCUCUCCUCCGACAUGAUGACCGAUCCGAACCUGAUCGAGACCGCAAAGGAAUAUCUCCACCAGGGAGAUGACAGCGCCAGCGAUGGGGACGCCGCUGAGGUCGCCGACGCUUUCCACGCCGACGAAGACAAGCUGCAGCGGCUCACAGUACAGUCGCUACCUUACGUCAAAUGCCGUGAGAGUGUGAGCGCCGUAUUCAGCUUUGACUCGGCUGCUCGCCGCCGCGUUUCGCUGGCAUCCGACGCGACUUCCGACACGGCCGAUUCUUCGCCUGAACACUCUGACAAGCUCCCCACGUCGCUCUCCUAUUCGGUACCAUCCACCACGAUGGUGACCAACACUCCUCGCGGUCGACCCGCCGUGGACGUUAUUGCCACAUACAUGAACACCUGCGACCAGCGCACGGUCAAGUCGGAGCUGAUGCGCGCCCACGCUCACUUUGCGUCACCUCGAGACAUCGACUCGAGCAGCGAAAGCUGGGGCGGCGACGGCUCCGUCCACUCGCUGCGACGUCGACUUAGUGCCGACUUGGGACUUAUUGACGUGGGCAACGUCCACGUCUUGGGCGAUGAACAGACCAACACGCGCAAUACAGCAGCGCACAAGACAUUUACUAUCGUCACAGAGGGUAACAGCAAAGUGGUUUCCGCCACAGUGUCCAUCCCAAAGUUCCGUAUCGUGCAGUCACGCGCUGGUGCCGAUCGCCAUGCGCAGUAUUUAAUCACACUCAUGCUCGGCAAGGAGCUGUACGCAGACUGGCGACGGUACUCGGAGUUCGGAGAGCUAGUCAAGACUCUGGACCAGACGCGGUACACACGCACACAAGACGCAUGGGCAGGCAUCGAGACGCGCUGGUUCAACCGACUGGAGCCGUCGUAUCUGCACCAGAAGUGUAUUACACUCGAAAACUUCAUGCGUGAGCUCAUGUACGAAUCCAACGAGCCGACUGUGCUGAUCAAUUUCCUUGGAGGCUACAUGGGUAAGGUAAACGCGCGGCCAACAGACCCUGUGGGCCACAGGCCAGCUGCACAACUGCCAAAGGAGCUUCGUCCACCGCAGCCGCAACACGAGCGAGAACUGUUUGAGAAAAUGUGGGCUGAGAACUUUAAGCGGUCACACGUCGACUACUCUCACAGUUUGCCGUCGGGUCAGACGGCCAGCUAGAGCUGAAGAGUAAUGAAGGGGUAUAACGAUA